AUGAAGUCUUCUCCACUCCUCUCGGCUGACUCGUUCGACAAGAGGCUGCGCGACGUCUUUUCGCUCCACGCGGCAACCCCAGUGCUAAAUGAAUAUCUUUCGUCGAUCGAAAUCGACGACGACGAUCCCGGUUUCGUGCUGAGCUGGGACUUGGACAACCUGAACGCAUUUGUGGCGGCAUCGAAUGCUCUAAACCCAGCCCGUGCGCCGGGUUGGGUGCGGACACGACCCCCACACAUGACGGCCAAUUCAUUCACAGACGAUCUCGUUCAUGAGCUACAUCAAGUGGCUGGAGGUCGUUGUGGGCGUGUGCUGCUGGCGCCAAAUAGAUUUGAACAGCUUGGCGCGAUUACGCUGACGCUAGGCGCCCUACAGAAUGAUGAUUUCCUGCAAGACGCUGCUCAGGUUGCACUCCCCGUUGUCAACAAUGUCGAGCGAUAUAUCGCCACGACGUAUAACCUCACGGACACGAACGCGCAGCGUUCAGUAGAGAACAAUCUCCCACCACCUCGUCGAAACGGUCAGCCAUUGCGUCGAAUCUUCAUUUGA